UCAAAUGUUCGUUGAAAACUGCAAUGUAGUUAUCGUUGGAAAAUUGUAUUUUGCAACGCACUUGUAAAGAAUUGCAAGCUGUACUUGUACAUAUAAUUGUCCGUUUGAAAAAUAUACUAUAUACCAUGGCAGAUGAUGCAGAUAUCACAAAACUCCCGCUCGAAGAUCGUUUGGGUCACAAGGUAUGGAAAGCGAGGUUAAACGGCUACGAGGAGCUUGUCAAAAUUUAUAAAAAAAUUGACGAUGAAAGUAGUAAUGAAUUCAACAAGUAUCUGGGAAUGCUGAAGAAAUUUGUGAUCGAUAAUAAUGCUGUUGCUCAAGAGAAGGGUCUUGAAGCAGUAUUAGCUUUUUUGGAAGCUGCUUCGCCGUCGAUUUCUGGGAGGGUUGCUGGUGAUGUAAUAGCAGGAGUAGUAACCAAGUGUCUGAAUGCUAGACCAAAAACCAAAGAAAAGGGAAUUAAUAUAAUUUUGAUGUACAUAGAAGUUGAAAAGCAAGAUGUUGUUCAAGAAGAAGUUUUGAAAGGACUUGAGAACAAACAGCCCAAAAUUGUUGCAGCUUGUACAAGUGUGUUGCGUCAAGCAAUAAGUGAGUUUGGUGGUAAAGUCUUCAGUCUAAAACCUAUUGUGAAAGUUUUACCCAAACUAUUUGAUCACAAUGACAAAAUGGUCAGAGAAGAGGCUAAAACCCUGGCCAUAGAAAUAUACAAGUGGAUAAGAGACAUACUUAAGCAGCAGUUACAGAAUAUCAAGCCUGUGCAGAUGAAAGAGCUUGAGGAAGAAUGGGGAAAGCUCCCACCAACCCCUCCUGCUCCCACCAGAUUUACGCGAAGUCAGCAACAGAAGAUGACAGAACAAGCCCCUGUUGCUGCAGUUGCUACUGAUGGGGAUGCAUCAGCCACUGAUGGAGCAGUGGCUGUUCCAGAACAUGAAGCAAUUGAUCCCUAUGACCUCAUCGAAGCUGUUGAGAUUCUUUCCAAACUCCCUAAAGACUUUUAUGAAAAUUUGGAGAACAAGAAAUGGCAGGCAAGGAAGGAAGCACUGGAAGCCCUUGAAAAACUUGCUUCAAAUCCUAAACUGGAAGGAGGACAGUAUGGGGAAUUAUUAGGAGCCCUGAAAAAGAUAAUUUCCAAAGAUGCAAAUGUUGUGGUUGUAGCCCUGGCUGCCAAAUGCAUUGGUCUGUUAGCAACAGGAAUGCGCAAGAAAUUUACACAAUACUCAUCCAUGAUAACUACCCCUAUCUUGGAAAAAUUCAAAGAAAAGAAAGCAAAUGUUGUGGCGGCUUUGAGAGAAGCUAUAGAUGCUGUUUUCCUUACUACUACCUUUUCUGCAAUGCAAGAAGACAUUCUGGCAGCUUUAGAAAAUAAGAACCCAUCUGUUAAAGAAGGAACUGUUCGAUUUCUGGUCCGAAGCUUUAGCAAGAGCACACCAGCUGCAAUGCCAAAGACUUUCUUGAAGCCUAUUUGCAGCAGUCUCCUUAAGAGGAUGGAUGAUACUGUUGGUCCAGUAAGAGAUGCCACUGCUGAAGCUCUUGGCACAUUACUGAAGGUUAUUGGAGAAAGACCUUUGAACCCAUACAUUGAGCAGCUUGAUAAGAUCAAAAUGGAUAAGGUAAAAGAAUGUGCUGAAAAGGCUGAAGUUAGUGCAGUUCCUAUGGGUGCUGCAAGCAAACCAGCAUCUGCAGGAACAACCAGCACUGAUGGUGCAAAAAAAGAGGCAGUUCCUGCCAAGAAACCAGCUUCAAAGUCAUCCAAACCUGGGGGUAAAGCAGCUGAUUCAGCAAAACCUGCAUCAGCGAGUUCUGGACCUUCAAAGAAGCCAUCAACAUCAACAGCCCCAUCUGCCGGAGGAAAGGCAGUAAAGGGGGGAAAAAAGAAAGGAUCUACAGCUGUUAAUGAUAGUGCAGAACCAACCGAACCAGAGAUGUCGCCAGAAGAAGUAGAUGCCAAAGCAGCAGAGUUGAUCUCUGAAGCUGUGUUAAAUCAACUUGUGCAUGCCAACUGGAAGGAAAGACUUGCUGGUAUUGAAGCAUUAACAGAGCUUAUUAAAGGCAUGGAUCCCAACACAACCUCUUCUCAAGUCCUAAUCAGAGUUCUUGCCAAAAAACCUGGCUGGAAAGAUACAAACUUCCAGGUGCUGAAAGCCAAGUUUGCUCUGUGCCAGUACAUUGCACGGAACAUCAAGUCCUUUUCUAAGCGCAGUGCCUUCUAUGCUCUUGAUGGGCUCGUUGACAAGAUUGGAGAUAUAAAGUUAAAAGAGGCAAGCAAAGAAACACUCACUACAUUUUCUGAAGUGAUAUCACUAAACUACAUCAGUUUGAAGGUUUCCAAGCAUUCUGGCUCUCAGAAGAAUCCUAAAGUUCUUGCAGAAUCUCUUAACUGGCUUUCAGAUGCAGUAAAAGGAUUUGGGUUCAAAAUUGACCUCAAGCCUCAUAUUGCCUAUGUGAAGGAAGCCUUGGCAAAUACCAAUCCAGCUGUUCGAACAGCUGCCAUCUCACUGCUCGGAACAUUACACAUGUACGUUGGAGCGACACUCAGAGUGUUCUUUGAAGAGGAAAAGCCGGCUCUCCUGCAACAAAUUGAUGCUGAAUUUGAAAAGGUGAAAGAUGAGAAACCCCCAGCUCCCACACUAGGCUUGUCUCCUAGUGGAGGUGACACUGAGGAGGGAGGGGAAGAUGCAGGAGAUGGUGGAGGAGGGGGAGGAGAGGGUAAUGCUGCACCAACAGUGAACUUGGCUGACCUCGUUCCAAGGAAUGAUAUAAGCGCUCAGAUCACACCAGCUCUGAUCACGGAACUUGGCGACAAGAAUUGGAAAGUUAGAGGAGAGGCACUUCAAAAGGUCAUAGAAAUAUUGUCUGCGGCAAAGUUCAUCACUCCAGAGUUAGGGGACCUACCACCUGCACUAAAGGCUCGGCUAGGUGACUCUAAUAAGAAUCUGGUUACCAUCACUCUCAACAUUUGCACGACAUUGGCGACUGCUAUGGGAGCACAAAUAAACAGGCACUUAAAAGUUUUGGGUGCUGGAAUAUUCAGCACGUUAGCGGACGCUAAGAACACAGUCAGAGCUAGUGGGAUCACCGCUUUAAAUGCUUGGCACAAAGAAAUAGGGUUAACGCCUUUUAUUGAGGGCGAAGUCAUCUUUGGAGCACUUAGUACUGAAAACCCUAAUUUAAGAACAGAGGUGUUAGGGUGGCUAGAGGAGAAAUUACCAGCAGAGAAGAACCUUCCCUCUACCUUAGUCGCCAUAGUGGCUCCUUUGUAUUCCUGUUUGGAAGAUCGCAGUGGCGAUGUGAGGAAGAAAGCCCAAGCUGUUGUGCCUGUCAUGAUGCAACAUGUCGGAUGGGACACUAUGAGCAAACAGGCCAAUAAACUGAAGCCUGCCUCUAAAUCUAAUGUGGUAACGAUACUAGAGAAAGCCCGAGCCUCGCUCCCCGAACCCACUAAAGCUCCUAGCAAAGCUGCUGCAGCCGCUGCUGCUGCCAAACCUGCUGCAACUAAGGCUCAGGGAGACUCCUCAGCGACAUCAGGAGGGAGUGGUGGGGCUUCAGGCACAUCAGCUUCCUCCUCCGGCGGCAAUGCCAGCAAGAAAACCAAGUCUGGAGCCAAGCAGGCCGAGUCGAAGUCAUCUAAGAAGUCCUCAGCGGAUGUAGAAAGCGAAGGCCCUCCUUUCUUACGGCACAAUGGCAAAGAUGGCCGUUUCAAAGACGAAAAAGAUCUCAAGGUUUUAAAGUGGAAUUUCACUGCACCCAGAGCUGAGUUUGUUGAGCAACUCAAAGAACAGAUGAGACCGUGUCUUGGAAAGACUUUGCACUCGAAUCUGUUUCACGCUGAUUUUAAAUAUCAUCUGAUUGGAAUAAACACCAUGCAACAGUGUGUGGUGCCUCCGUCCGAUGCGCCAUAUCAAGUGGAAGUGGUACAGUCGUUAGACCUGAUCCUUAAGUGGGUCACUUUACGAUUCUUUGACACUAACACCACCGUACUCAUCAAAUGCCUGGAACUAAUGGACGCUGUAUUCGUCAUGUUAGCACAGACUGAUUAUCAAAUGUUGGAGUUUGAAGCCUCUAGUUUUAUUCCUUAUCUUGUUCAAAAGGUUGGGGAUCCAAAAGAUGCAAUAAGAAAGAUGAUUCGUAACCUGUUUAAACUGCUGACAAAGAUCUACCCUGCCAGCAAGCUGUUUAACUAUGUUAUGGAAGGCCUCCCGUCGAAGAAUUCCAAAACCAGGAUGGAGUGUUUAGAGGAACUAGGUUCUCUCAUCCAAGUAUUUGGUAUGAAUGUCUGUCAGCCCACCCCUCCCAAGGCGUUAGCUGCCAUUGCUGCACAGAUAGGCGACAGGGAUAAUGGAGUCAGAAAUGCGGCUUUGAAUGCUGUAGUGGAAGCUUACUUUCUUGUGGGAGAGAAGACCUGCUACAAAUAUUGCUCACAGCUCUCAGAUAAGGACCUGGCGUACCUAGAGGAGCGAAUUAAACGGUCUUCAAAGAAUCGCCCAAGUACAGCUCCAAUUGAAAACACAGCUAAAAGUAACGUAAGUGCGCGGGGAGGGAGCGACUCUGCCACCAAUGCAGCUAAGAAAAAGGAAGAUAAAAGACCAGGAAAGCCUCAGGUUGCCAGGCCUGCGACAGCCCCCGCACAAAGACAGGAAAAUGUUCGUCGUGAGUUCAGUCUUGACAUCGAUGGUAUUGAAGGGGAUGACCUGCACCAUGUUGUGACUGUCCCUACCCUGGAGGCGAAUGAAGCUUUGGAUGAUCUGAUCAGUGCGCCUGUUCACAAACCGUACACCAAAAAUCCUGCGUCUCCUCACAUGGGUGUAUUCAGCCGAACCAAUCCAACUGCUGCCUUCAACUACGUCAUAUCACAAAUCGCCAGCGGUGACGUCACAGCUAGUACCCAGGCCUUGGUGCAGUUCGAAAAAGUGAUCAGAAAUAAGAACCACAAGGAAGUCAGCAAACACAUCGAUCAAUUUCUGAAUGCAGCAUCCCUCCAGCUUAAUAUGAUCCUAACCACACACAUCCCCAACAUUGAAUCGAACCAGCAACCGGAAGCAACAGUACUUAGGCUUAUCAACUGCCUGACAGACACCAUGCUUGGAGUGUUCUCCAGCCCUGCGCUAGCUCGUGCCGUAUCGCGGAGCUCUCUGAAGCAGCUUAUGCAGGUGUUGAUUACUGUACUGUCAGACGAUCGCUUGGCUGCUCUGGAAGACGGACCGCAAAUACUGAGGGCAAUUAACGUGCUGAUGGUGAAAGUCAUUGAAAUGUCGGAUCAGACUUAUGUGUUAGGCUCAUUGAUCAAACUUCUGCAAGACUGUCUCAAGUUACUUCAAGAGAGCGCCGGUAACUCGCUCAGUUCACCAAAGUUUCUUGAGCUUGUAAUGAAGUGUCUAUGGAAGGUUGUUCGAAAUUUACCGAAAACCAUAUCUGAAGUAAAAGUGGAUCAGAUUCUCCUGGACAUACACACGUUCCUUUUGACACACCCUGAUCAGAUGUGGAAAAAUCGCGCGGACGAUACACCACUAAGAACAAUCAAGACAAUAUUGUACACACUGGGCAAACUGAAGAAACAAGAGAUUUUAGACUGCCUUGGUUUGAUAGAUGAUCCAGAUAGCAGCGAGGUUGCUGCUUAUCUAAAGAAGAUCCUCAAGAGCAGUGGUCGCAAGGGUACUGAGAAUCACGUGAACGGAAGUGACUCAACAACGCCGCGCAAGUCCUCGGUACCAGACCUCCUGAUGGGAGUCGAUGGCGGAAACAAGGCUCAAAACAAAGAAAAAAUUAAUGACAAAUUAGCGGAGAUAUUCGCCAAAAUAGGCUCGAAAGAGAACACAAGAGAGGGCUUGGCGGAACUUUAUGACUUCAAACAAAAAUACCCCGAGGCAGACAUUGAUCCAUUUUUAAAACGAACCUCCGAGUUUUUCCAGAGUUACAUUGAAAGAGGACUAAGAAAUAUCGAGAUGGAGAGAAAAGGAAGGAAAGUAGCAGGAACAGCUCCCCCGUCCGGAAUAUCGACGACAGCGCUCACCUCAUCAAAUUUAACAGAAGAAGAAAGUACCGACGAUGCCGAUGCCUACAGAGACAGACUGAAGGUUCUUAGAAUGAGAGCUGGCCUGGAUAAUCAGUCGAACACUACAUCAAAGAGAGCGGAAUCAGGAGACCAGCGUGUGUCAGAGUACGAAGAACCGUCCACAGACGAACGGUUACUGAGUGCGGCUGAUAAGAAACCAUCCUACAUCAACAUUCCCUCGAUUAUUUCACAGUCAACGGACACCGCUGAUUCGAUGACAGCGGAUCCAGAUAGCAUAUUAGACAUCAAGAAAAGACUUGAACGUAUCAAGAAUAACUCAAGGAACUGAUAUCUGAAACAUAAUUUUAACAUACAUAAAUGGAGCAACGGUGUCGACCUGUUUGUGUAGACUUAAGUAGCAGCUUAGACACCUCGGAAGGAGCUAAAGAACUGCCGUGGGGUGAAACGUUUCCUCUUUCAGCAGUAUGCUCUGAGCAGCAAAGGACUACGGCAGUUAUGCAGUUUGUUUUCCGGAAUUUUCGAUGGGAUGGUAACGUUAAAGUUAUGGCAAGUGGUAGAAUAGUGCGCGUGCUGUCAACGGCUUCUCAUUGGUUAAAAUCAUCCUCUGAAAGAUCUCAACGUCCUCUCAUUGGUUAAAAUAGGGACCUUAAGCAACCUCGACGGCGACGAGGACGUGGAAAAACAAGAGAUCUAAUUGGCAGAACAAUAGC